ACGGAACACACCUGAAACCCUAUGCAUGCAACAAAACUAUCAAAAGCAAAUAGUCUUUCGUCUUCAAUUUUAACGAGUUUAGUUGCUAAGUAUUCCAUUUCGUACGUGCUACUUGAUUAACGUUUCAAAAAUUGAAAAGGAAGUGCAUUGUGCGAGUGUUAAAUUGGAAAACAAGGUUGGGCGUUUAUAAUAUCAAUUUUGGGAAUUGAUAAAAGGAUUUGGAAACUCAACGUUGCGGUAUUUUGAUUUCUUUUAGCUAAUUUUGUACUUUUUGCUUGGUUUCAAUGAAUAUCCAAGUUUAAAGUUUGUCUACGUCUUUUCAUACAAAUAUUCGGCAGAAAUUUGGAAAUCACCAACAAUUCUCGUCAUAAGGAACUUUUUGGUUCGUGGAUUUUUCAAAUUCAAAGAAGAGAGCUCGUUGCUUUCAAGGUUUGGCUUUUGUAUCCGUCGGUUUCUUGUAAAUUUUGCUUAGGUGUUUUGAAAUUCGUAUCUUCGAAACUGUGGUGCUUGGCUUUGGACUACGUUAGGAUUUACCCAAAUCUAAGGGUUUUAAUAGUUACUUCUUUAAAUAAUGACAGAGUAUAUGGAUAUGGAGUCUUCGUCGACUUCUAACUCGAAACCUCAAAAUUUUGCAAAGACAGCUGCAGAUUCACUUCAUCCUAAAGAGAGUUUAGAUUAUUAUAUAUACGAUUACUUUGUAAAGCACAGGUUUCAAGAAACUGCUAAAGCUUUUUAUAAGGAAUCCAAGGUACAGGUUCGAUCAAAUGAUGAACAAAAUACAAAUGAAGUUUCUACCGGGAAUAAUGAGGAUAACAAUCCACAGAAGGAUGCUUCCCAAUAUGAUCAAACUCUGUUUGAUACAACGAAUGGCAAAUCUGAGCAUUUGGAUUCAUUUGAUAUGAAUAUACAGUCUAAACCGAAUCCAGCACUUGAAUCUCAAAAAGAUGUUUCUUCUGAGAAUAAAAAUUCUUCCGUAUCUUUGCCUACACCUUCUGUUGCUAUUGAUAUUCCUGAAGGUUUUCUCGUUGAGUGGUUUAAUAUUUUUUGGGACGUUUUCAGUGCCCGUGUUAGUCGGGUUAAUAGCUCUGCUCAUUUGUACGAUUCUCAAUUCAACAGAUCAGUAUAUAGAGGUCAAGGUUAUUCUACUUCUGCAUCUGUGCCUCCGAACGGACCACAUAUGCACUCAUCUGUUGCCAACCCAUUGAACUACACUUCUGCAGAAUCAAAAAGCUCUGAAAAUAAACCGCAGCUACCUUUUGGUUCAGCGGUACCGAAGUCUGAUCCAAUAACGGGAGGAAACAACAAACCGUAUGUUUUACCCUCACGAGCUGUUCCUCUUUCUGGUCCUUCUAAUAUGAGCCACCCUGAUAAAUCACAAAAGUACGGAUCCUUGCUUCCAGCUGGUACUGUACCUAAUCCUGCCGUCCCUUAUUCGCUAGGUACACCUUCUUCCUCAAUUCCUCCUGGUUAUCCGAAUCCCUCUGUACUAGCAAGUAGUCCACCUGGGUCCUAUGAUUCCAACAGUCAUGUUUAUUCUGUAGGUCCGGGCAUGAACGCAAACUCGUCUAGGAAUGCAUUUUAUCCUCCUACACCAGCUCAAAUUCAUCAGCUAAAGUCUCGACAAGAAUUUCUUCAACGGCAAAGCAAACAAAUGUCUGAACCCGCCGUUAAUUUAAAUCAGGCUGCUUUCAAAGAUCCUCCUCAGAUGCAAUCUAGUGAGCAAUCGGCCAUGAAUUCUGCAUCUGGUAUGGGUAAAAAGAGGAUCUCUGAUCCUAAGGCUUUGUACAAUGCUAACAUAGCAGUGAAUCCUACUGCAAGAAAUUCGGCCUCUCCUAUAAUUACUCAAGCAUCUUCUGGUAUGGGUGGCGGUUCUUCACCUUUUUACCCAUAUCAAAAUAGUACGAGAGAGACAGCUUCUGUGCCAGCCAUAAAGCCGUCCCCUAAUAUUAUGAUACAGCCUCGUUAUCCUACAAACUCUGAAGCUUUGGUCAAUGAUAUGCAAAAAUAUCGUGCUCAGAAUAACGCCGACGGUAUACCUCCUCAUAUGCCGCAAAAUGCAAUUGAUUUAAAUAGCAAAUAUGGAACCAAUCCAAUUGUGGGUAAUCGACCCCCUUCACAACAUCCUUAUUUGCCCAGUUAUUAUAGGGGACAACCCUCAAUGUCUAGUCCCCAUCCCCAAAUGUAUGAAGCAAACGCCGCCAGUCAAGGUUCAAUGGAAUAUGCAAAAGCAAGGGAGCUCGCAAUGAGAAGAGGGCAGACACCAAAUAUGUCCACUCUUCCAAAGGAUUCAGUGUCUGGUGAAGCUAAUAAUGUUGAUCUUGGAAAUCCUUUGACAGAUUAUCAUAUGCAAUUGAUGAUAUUAGAAGAGCAAAACAAAAAGAGAUUGCUGAUGGCCCGCCAAGAAGGUGAAAGAGAGUUUCUUUCCCCACAAACACAUGAACACUUUGAUCAUGAGAUAAAAAAUAGUCAACUUAAAUUAGCAGCUGAAGGACCAUCGCCUCUUCACUCUAAGCCUAGUGAAGGAAUGACUACUCAAAUUAAAGGAUCGGAUGUAAGUACAGCAGGACUUCUUCCGCCCCAUCAAAAACAACCGAGCCUUCCGUCUCAACAUCCAUAUAUGAAUGUUCCACCAAAUGAGCAACCGAACAUCAUGAUGUCUCAAUUUCUGAACCGUACGAAACAGCCUGAAGCACCUUUAGAUGCUCAAGAUUUUAGAGAUCCAAAUAUGACAAAGAAGUUCUCAACGAACACACCAUUAAUGACUGAACAGGAUAAAAUGUCUCUAGAUAACGCUGAAAAUUCAAAUUCAUGGCAUGUGCAGAAUAGUGAUAACAACUUACUGGAUGCGAAGGAAAAGUCGGAUCACCAGCCACAAUAUCCUCACUCUUCCCAGCCGGAAUUGCGUUCUAGUACUACAGCUUCAGGCAAUCCAAACCCUGAUUCACAAGCAUAUAUGGAGACGGCUAGAGAUAAUCUUAAUUUCCAAAAAGAUCCAAUGCGUGCCUCGGAUACAACAGUAUCAAAUGGGUAUCCUUCUAUGAGUGAUUCUGUUCAGCGGGCUUCGAUGACUUCAGAAGGAACACAGCAAAAUGGAGCAGCUUCUUCUGAAGCGGAAAUGAAUGCUCACAAAGAAUUUCAGAACAGUGAGCGAAAAGAGGAAGAUAUGCCUGAGAAGGGCAAUACAGGCGAAGAUGACAAAAAUGGGAAUAAGGAUGGGCUAUUUAAUGGAUCUACGGAUAAUACGUUUAAUUAUGCAUCAAAAAAUGAUUCUAAUGCUGAGUUGUUGAACGACUUCGACUUUGAAAGUUUUUUGAAUGAUGCCGGUGAUGACUCUACACAGGCUUUCUAUUAAAAUCCAUAUAGUGUUUCGUCCAAAUCAUGGAAUGAAUUUCAAAUUCAAGGGCGACAUCAUUGCUUUCGUUUUAAAUGAUUAUUGAAAAUUUUAGAAAUGUGUAUAGUGUAUAUUAUUUAAUUUCAUACGAAUUCCUAAAAGAAAGUUAUUCUAAUUUUUCUUUACAUAUGAUUGUUCUUGGAAGCGUACCAUGAACUUAUUUUGGUCUAUUUUAUGUUAUUUCUAAUCGUUUUAAGCAAUGACGAGUUUUAUCAUUUUCAGCACACUUCAAAAAGCAUGUAUAAUUGGAAAUUUCUAAGGCAUAAGGAAUAAGAUUAACAUUUAUCUGAAAGCUAGAUAAGCAAAUUUAGUAUGAAAUGAUUCUUGCUUACGAAAGAGGAGAUGAUUAUAAGUUAUCCUUGUUCAUUUAGCCAAACCUUAUGAUAACUUUUUCGUAUACAAUGGCUAAAACGCUGCAUUCAAGAGAAGGGAUUGAAUCGGUAGUAAAAACACAGCAAGUAAGGACAUCAAAAGCUUUACCAUGAUUCUCUAAUUAUCCUGUUUGGGUAACUUGGAAUCAAUUUCUGUCUCUAACUUAUCAAGGUUCUCGCGAUGGGAUUUUAACUGCUCUUUUAACUUUUUGAGCUGGUCAAGUUCGAGAUCAUGAAUAAAUUGAUUCUCUUUGGCCUUUCCACGCUUGGAGAAAGGACCUUCUCUAGAAGAGGUUGCGUUGCUCAAAGUAGGAUCCGUGGAAUCUCCGUCACUGUUAUUGCUGGCCAUAGUUCUAACCCCUAACAUUCUCCCUUGAGACAGUUGAGGAAUAAAUGAACGGCGAAGAGUAAGUCUGUACAUAUUGCAAAUUGAACUUGUUGGCUAUAUGAAGUAAAUGAGAUGGGGGAAAGUUAAGUUGCUUUAGGAGCGGAUGAUAAUGUGAAAACAUAUACGUAAGUGAUGUAGCAUUACUAUGAUAUUUCCCUUUAGUAUCAUAAUCUUGUUUAUGAAGACGAAAACAAUUCGAAAAAGCCGUAAAUAAUGGAAUUAUUUCGUUUUUAAUUUCAUGACUACACAAUUGAAAGAAGCAUAAUUUUUUGACACUUUAUAAGUUAAUUUUAUUUUGAUUGAAACACGU